GAUCGAUCGUGUACUUGUACUGCACUCAACUAAACUACUAUGACAAAAUAAACAAGGAAUCGUAAAAGCGAAAAGAGUUAAAACCCUCACACAACAAAAAGCUUCUUCAUCUCCCACUGGCUCGAGACAUAUUGCACUCAACUUAACUCUGCAACUCGAUCAUGGUUUACGAAACCGUACUGGAGCAGCUGGUUGGAUCGAGAAAAUCGAAAAAAUGAAGCCGGAUCCAGAAUGGCUUGAAGUUGAACUUUGAACAUAGCCUCCAAUUUUCCAUGUCGGUCGGUAUUUGUGGUCGAACCAACGACCCGCGAUAACCGACCGAUUUUGGUCUGCCCGGAUGGUUUGUUAUAUUAAAAAAAAAAAAAAAAACUGGUCACCCCUUUCCUCGCUGUAGAGCAGAGCUGCUGCAAAUCCAAAUUCGUAUUCCGCCGCGCUCCCUGCUGCUCGCCACCGGAACUUGGUGAUCUUCCAAUCGCAAUUCAAUGUCGCCGAGAUGGAAAGGCAAAACCGCGGAGGCCAAAGCUCUGGCAGAUCCCAUGUCGAAAAUAGUCUCCGACCUCCAGUCUUCCCUCCUUCAAUCAGACGCUCACGCUUCGCUCUCGGGGAGCAGCGUGCUCCUGCCAGCAGAACCACAACGCGGCGAGCUUCUCACUCGCGCCUGCUUCGGCCGGCCCAUCAUCACCGCCGAUAAGGAGAAUCAAUGGUUUCAGCUGAGUCUUGAGGAAGCAUUCUAUCUCUGCCACCAUCUCCAAUGCCUCAAAAUCACCCACCACCAAGGUACGAAUUUCACCACUGCAGAGCUAUGGCGGUACAUGACAUCCAAGGUUUCAAAUUUCCCACAGUAUUACAAAGCUUACUCGCAUCUUCGAACUAAGAACUGGGUGGUGAGGCCUGGGUCGCAGUACGGUGUCGAUUUCGUGGCUUAUCGUCACCACCCGUCUUUAGUGCAUUCAGAGUAUGCGGUGCUUGUUUUAUCAGAAGGGGAAAGUGGUGGUGAUGAUGGCCUGGAGGGGAGAUUGAUGGUCUGGUCUGAUCUCUACUGCACAAUUAGACUGUGUGGAAGUGUGGCGAAGACAUUGUUGGUACUUACUGUCAACAAAAAUGGUCAUGAUGCUGUUUCUCCGAUGGAUUUGGAUGGAUACUCUGUCGAAGAACGGUCGAUCAGAAGAUGGAGUGCUGAACAGAACCGUGAGGAUCAAAUGGCUGCUGCUGCAAAUGGACCCAAAUGAUAAUGUUUAGGUGAUCGUUUGGCAUCCUUUGUUUUGGUAAUGAUGUGUAGCAGUUUCUUCUCAUCGUAGUUUAGCUGCCUUUUUUUGUUUUGUGGGUGCAGCCGUGCAGCAGUUUUCCAUUUGUAACAGGAACUCAAUGGCUUCCUCAAGGGCUUACCCAGUUUCUUAUAUAUUGAAUGUUCUCUGUCAUUCUGCAAGUGCAUUUUGGCAGUAUAUUGAUCUCAUCUCCGUCCUCUUGUUGCAGUUGCACCUGCACUCUGUUCAGCUUCUUCGCUCCAGGGAAGCUAGUAGUUGUUGAUUAUUGAUCAGUCUCGUUGUUGCUAGUUGCUACUAAAAGCUUACACGACGAGAUUGAAUGAGAAGAUCGACGUGUACAGUUUUGGAGUGGUGCUACUGGAACUGGUGACUGUGAAGCAAGCAAACUUGGCAACAAAUUGGAGAAAGGCAAACCAGUUGGAAGUUUGCCUUGAUGGAAGAGAGCAAUGUAUAGGAAAUGAUGUAGUGUUCUAUAACAAUACCCUCGAUGAAGUAAGCCGUGCAGGUUUUGAGGAGACUGUCCUAUAACAACGGCGAGGUUGCCUAUCUUGCUAGUUAGUAGCAAGAUGACUCCUUAAUUAGCCACAGCAUAUGAACGUCUGCUCCGAUUUCUCUACUUGUGCUAGUAGUUAAGAUUCAGAAUAACAUCCCAUGAAAAUAGAGAACCAGGUUUUGCACAAACGAGAAAAACAGAAAGCUUGCAUACAUGAUCUGGUUGUGAUGAUAAACCCUCCCCAUUACACACGAAACAUCAUAUACAUCAAUGAGUUUGGACCGGAAUUUUCAACAACUCAGUUCUUCAAAGGCACAAGUCAGAAUUUCUUCAAGGUGGGUAGCUAGCUGGUGUAUGCAGCAACCAGUGGUUCCCAUGCAAAUUCAACUCACACUGAUACCAUCUUAAUGUACACUUGAACCGACUCAACAGAACUUGAUUGGGAAGGUUUGGAUCCCACUCACUUGAAACAUACAACUGAAAGGAAACCGAUAGAGUAAAAUUCAAGCAGACCAACAAAACAAAAUUGUCUUGUCAUC